GGGCUGCGGCAGGGCUGCGGCGGGCCCGCGCCGGCGACUCCCGCGGUCGGUCAGCGCCAGGCCCGGAACUCCGUAGCAGGAUGGCUGUCCUCGCCCUCCUGUUCCUUAUCACGCAGGUCGUGAGCAGAGCUGCGAUGGGCACCGCGGAACCGGAGACGUUCUCGGUGCCUGUACCAACCAAUGUUACUAUUGAGUCCUAUAACAUGAACCCUGUUCUAUAUUGGGAAUACCAGGUCAUGCCACAGACCCCUGUUUUUACCGUCCAGGUGAAGAAGUAUCUGGGAGGAGUGUGGAACAAUGCCUGUGUCAAUAUCUCUCAUCAUAGUUGUAAUAUUUUUGACCAAAUUGAUGAUCCAUCAGAUUCUCUCUGGGCCAGAGUUAAAGCUAGGGUUGGACAAGAGGAAUCUCCCUAUGCAUUGUCAAAAGAAUUCAUUUUGUGCCGACAUGGAAAAAUUGGACCACCUAGAGUGGAUAUCAGAGAGAAGGAAAACCAAAUCAUUGUUAACAUAUUUCACCCUAUAAGUAUGAUAAAUGGAGAAGAGUGGGGAACUCUUUAUGAGAAUUCUUGUGAUACAUUCAUGUACAGUGUGUAUGUGAGAGUGAAUGAAAGUGAGUUUCUAGAGAGAAGACACGUAGAGACAGAAGAUGAUUGCAACGAGACUCAGUGCCAUUUGAGUAUUCCAGUAUCUUCAGUGAAUUCUCGGUACUGUGUUUCAGCAGAAGGAUAUUCAAACACAUGGGAAGUUACAACUGAAAAGUCAGAAGAAAUUUGUAUUACUGUUUCCACUACCAGCAUGAAAGAUUCCAUUUGGAUUCCAGUUGUUGCUGCUUUUGUACUCUUUCUAGUACUCAUCCUGGUAGUUGUAGGGUGUCUUAUUAAGAAGAAUCUAUUUAAGAGAAAAAGUGUAAUGUUACCCAAGUCUUUGCUCUCUGUGGUAAAAAGUGCCACUUCAGAGACAAAACCUGAAUCCAAAUAUGUAUCGCUCAUCAUAUCAUACCAGCCAGUUGUGCCAGAAAAUGAGAAGGUGGUCUGUGAUGAGCAGGUGUCUCCAGCAGCAAUUUCAGGCAUGCAUGCUGAAGACAGUCCAGGAAAAGUAGAACACAGAGAAGAAUGUUCCAGUGAGACAGAAGUGGUGACUACUGAAGAAAACAUUUCUGACAUGGCCUCUGGCAGCCUUCUGACUCCAAUAAAGAGAGAGGAUUCUUUCCUUUCAAGUAGUAACCAGUCUGAACCCUGCAGCGUCACUUUAAACGUAUAUCACUCCAGAAAUGGUUCUGAUAGUGGCCUUGUGGGAUCAGACAGCUUUUUAUUGGACUCAGAGUUUACCCCAAAUAAUAAAACUGAAAUAAAGACACAAGGGCAAGGGUCCAUAACACUGAGAACUGCCCCCACCUCUUUUGGUUACGAUAAACCUCAUGUGCUAGUGGAUUUGCUUGUGGAUGACGGUGGUAAAGAGUCCUUGAUUGGUUAUAGACUUACAGGACAUUCCAAAGAAUUGUCAUAAGAAUAACUAAGAUGCACCAACUUUGAAAAAUCUGCUUUUCCUGGACAGUUUUUCUGCUUUGAUUUCAUGAAAAGAUCAUGAUCUCAGAAAUUGUAUCUUAGUUGACAUUAACCAAAUGCAGUGUCUUGGUUUAGAUAGAAGUGUGUAAAGAGCCUGUUUGGCACUGUCACAUUUGGCCUGAAAACUACAGACUUUAAAAAAAAAAA